CGACGCAACAGCCUCCUCCCUCUUCUCCUCUCCAUUGAUCCACACGCAGGAUCCAUCCAGCAGCCAUGAUGAGGACCAGCCCCCUCCUCGCCUUUCUCGCCGUCGCAUCCGUCCUCUGCGCCGCCGCCACGCCCGCCGCGGCGCUCGGCGCGGAAUGGAAGUCGAUCAAGAACGUCACCGACCCGCAUAUCCAGGAGCUCGGCGCGUGGGCGGUGGCGGAGCACGGCAAGGUGGCCAACGACAGGCUGAGGUUCAGGAAAGUGGUGGACGGAAAGCUGCUGGUCUUGGUUGGCGUGACCUAUCUGCUCGAUGUGGACGCGGUGAGGCUCGACGGCAAGGACGCCGUGUAUAAGGCGAAGGUGUAUGAGCAGGACACGAGUCGCAAGCUCAUCUCGUUCCAGCCUGCUUCCAACUGCCUUCUCCUCCUCGUCGCUGUUGCUGGCAUCGUCUUGGUUUAUCCCGUCGCCACAUCUGCCCAGCAACCUUGGACUCCGAUCGAGGGCAUCGAGUCAGCAUACUACCAGGAGCUCAGUGCGUGGGCGGUGUCUGAGCACGUCAAGCAGGCACACGACGAUCUCAGGUACAGCAAGGUGACAAGUGGCGAGGAGCAAAAACUACCGAAUGGCGAGAAGGACCGCCUCUUCAUCGUCGCGGUGGACGGCAAUGGCAAGGAUGGCAAGUAUCAGGCGGUGGUCGUCGUGGAUAAGACUUCGCGGAGGCUUGAAUCCUUUGCUCCGAUCGCUAAACACAAACCCCAGCAGCUAGCCAUGAAGACCAGCCUCCUCCUCCUCCCCGUCGCCGCCGUCCUUUGCGCUAUCACUGCGCCCAUCAAGUCGUCGCCCUUGCCCGGAGGAUGGGCACCAAUCCCUGACAUCGACAAGCCAGAGAUCCAGGAGCUCGGCCAGUGGGCAGUGGCAGAGCACGUGAAGCAGGCGAAAGACGGUCUCAAGUUCACCAAGGUGGUGAAGGGCGAGGUGCAGGUCGUGGCAGGCUUCAACUACAGGCUCGACAUCCACGCCAAGAACAGCGACGGCGUGGACGGCGCGUACAGGACGGUGGUGUGGGAGCUGCCUACCAACGGACGCAGGCUCAUCUCUUUCACCAAAGCCAACUGAGCGUGCGUCGGGCGAAC